GGCUGUCAUGAACUCAGAUAGACCGCUUCUUCACUUUCCAAAACCCUUACGGUUAUCCAAAAGUGCCAUCUGUGAACCAAUUAGUCAACUACGAUAUCAUGAAAUCCUAUUAUUGUUUCCAAUUUUGAUAAAAUGUGCCAAUUUCGCAGCGAUCAAACUAAAAGAUCAGCGUAGGAGAUAAUAAAGACGCUACUCCGUGUAUCACUCAUCCUUUUGGUGUCGUGGCAGAGGUCACUGAUGAUAAAUUACUACCAAGACAGGAGCGGAAACGUCUCCGAAUUGUUGAACGCACCAAAAAAAUGUAUCAAGCGAAACUCAAGAAAUUAGCAGAUAAACUGCACAAUCUCUGUGACCUUGAUGAUCGACCCCAGUUGGUUGGACGGAUGAUCGAGUAGCGAAAUGUUUUGAGUGGGUAAAGAAAGUGAUUGAGGGAGCGCGAGAUCUAUGUUAUGGUUCAAGGAAGAGGACUUGUAUUGGCCUAAUCUUUGUGCCCUUUGAGCACUAGGAUGGCGGCAAAAUCAUCCAUCACUUGUGUACAAUGCGACAAAUUAUUUUCGACGAAGCAAAGUCUUGUCAGACAUAUUCGCAGUCAUACAGGAGGAAAACCAUUCCAAUGCCAAUAUUGUGGGAAAUCAUUUUCACGUAAGAACAGUCAAUUGACUCAUGAACAUAUUCACACUGGAGAAAAACCAUUCCAGUGCAAGUAUUGUGAGAAAUCAUUUCCACAGAAGGGACAUCUAUUGCGUCAUGAGCGUAUUCACACUGGAGAAAAACCAUUCCAGUGCAAGUAUUGUGAGAAAUCAUUUUCACAGAAUGAUUAUCUAUUAACUCAUGAGCGUAUUCACACAGGAGAAAAACCAUUCAAAUGCAAAUAUUGUGAGAAAUCAUUUUCAGAUAAGAGGAAUAUUUUGAAUCAUGAACGUGUUCACACAGGAGAAAAACCAUUCAGAUGUGUGCAAUGUGAGAAAUCAUUUGUAACUAAGCAAGUGCUUGUAAAACAUAUUCGUAAGCACACAGGAGAAAAACCAUUCCAGUGCAAAUAUUGUGAGAAAUCGUUUUCACGGAGUGAAAGUCUAUUGAAUCAUGAGCGUAUUCACACUGGAGAAAAACCGUUCAGAUGUGUACAAUGUGAGAAGUCAUUUUUCUCAAAGCAGGCUCUUCUCAGUCAUACUCAUCGUCAUGUUCAUGCAGGAGACGAACCAUUCCAACUCAGCUUCAACUGUAAAUAUUGUCAUAAAACCUUUAAGAGUGAGUCUGGCUUACGAAAACAUAAACGCAGCCACAAUGAUACUUCUCGUAAUACUCGCAAGGUGUCUGAUGCAAGUCCCGGCAAGGAUAAACGGUUAAAGUCAAAAAGUGGCAAAGCUAUGAAAAGUUCUCGUUCAAGGUCUCGUUGUGAGCAAACUGAUGUGGGAGAAGAUGCAGUAGUAUUAACUGGUCCUUCAAAUAACAAUAAUUCUCCAAAUGGACAAAACCCAGUCCCUGCAAGUUCUGCGACGAAUGAAUGUUUGAUCAGCAGAGAGCCUGAGAGUGAGGUAUCAAAGUUGCCUGCUGCAGUCGGGUGUUUGGACAUGGAUAUCAAGGAUGCUGCUGCAAAAAUUACUGUUAUCAAUGGGAAUGAAACUGUUGGUCUGGGUACUGCCAAAAGAGAAGAUUAUGAAGUUUUGCGGCUGGGUGUGAAACGAGAUUCGAUUGAUCAUAAUUCUAAUCAGCUUGGAAAUGUUAAAAGUCAACUCAUUGACAUCUUUGCUGCCGACCAGUCUGAUGGAAGUGUUGAACCAGCCCUCACAUCUGCUACAGGGCAGUCCAGGGCUGAACUAGACAUACGUUCUGUUCAUGUUACAGAGGAGAGAAAUGUCAACAGUGGGGCCUUCAACCUGCCAUGUAACACAUCUCCUAUAGAACAGUCCAAUGUCAAAAGUGAGCCAUGUAACACAUCUCCUAUAGAACAGUCCAAUGUCAAAAGUGAGCCAUGUAACACAUCUCCUAUAGAACAGUCCAAUGUCAAAAGUGAACAGUGUGACACAUCUCCUAUAGAACAGUCCAAUGUCAAAAGUGAGCCAUGUAACACAUCUCCUAUAGAACAGACCAAUGUCAAAAGUAAGCAGUGUGACAUGUCUCUUCUAGUGCAGGGUUAUAUCAUAGAGGUAGUGAGACCGUGUGAUAUGUUAGGUAACAUGUCUCCUUCUAAGCAGGGAAAGGUCAAAGGUGAGCCGUUCGACGCAUUUCCUGAAGAGGGGGCCAAUGUCAAAAGUGAGCCAUGUGACACAUCUCCUACAGAUCAGGUCAAUGUAAAAAGUAAGCAGUGUGACACGUCUCUUCAAGAGCAGGGUUAUAUCAUAGAGGUAGUGAGACCGUGUGAAAUGUCAGGUAACAUGUCUCCUGUUAAGCAGGCAGAUGUCAAAGGUGAGCCGUUUUACGCAUUUCCUAAAGAGGGGGCCAAUGUCAAAAGUGAGCCAUGUGACACAUCUCCUACAGACCAGGUCAAUGUAAAAAGUGAGCAAUAUGACUUGUCUCUUCAAGAGCAGGGAUAUAUCAUACAGGUAGUUGGACCAUGUGACAUAUAUCCUACAGAUCAGGCCAAUGUCAAAGGUGAACCAGGUGACAUGUGUCCUUUCGAACAGGCCAAGGUGAUAAGUGAGCCAGAUAACUUGUCUCCUAUUGAGCAGGUUGAUAUCAAAAGCGAACCAUGUGACAUUUCUCCUGUAGAGUUCGCCAAUAUUAAAAGUGGAACAAGUGCCACAUCUCAAAUAGAUCAGGGGGAUGACAUGUCUCAAGCAGAGCAUGUUAGGGUAGAGCAGGAAAACUCCAGUGGUGCACAGGUCGAUAUGUCCAAGAUUGAUGAAUACAUUGCAGUGUUUGAUCGCUGGGCAGAAAUGUUCCUUCUCCAUAAACAAUUUGUACCGAUAUACUGUACAAUCUCUGUGACCUUGAUGGACGACCCCAGUUGGUUGGACAGAUGGUCGAGUAGCGCAAUAUUUUUUUAUUGGGCAAAGAAGGUGAUUGACGGAGUGCGAGAUCUAUGUUAUGGUUCAAAGAAGAGGACUUUGUAUUGGCCUAAUUAUUGUGCACCUUUGAGCACUAGGAUGGCGCCAAAAUCAUCCAUCACUUGUGUACAAUGUGAGAAAUCAUUUUCGACGAAGCAAGGUCUUGUCAGACAUAUUCGCAUUCAUACAGGAGAAAAACCAUUCCAAUGCCAAUAUUGUGAGAAAUCAUUUUCACGUAAGAGGAAUCAGUUGACUCAUGAAAGUAUUCACACUGGAGAAAAACCAUUCCAAUGCAAAUAUUGUGAGAAAUCAUUUUCAUGUAAGAAGAAUCAGUUGACUCAUGAACGUAUUCACACUGGAGAAAAACCAUUCCAGUGCAAGUAUUGUGAGAAAUCAUUUUCACGGAAGGGACAUCGAUUGACUCAUGAGCGUAUCCACACAGGAGAAAAACCAUUCCAGUGCAAAUUUUGUGAUAAAUCAUUUCCACAGAAGGGAAAUCUAUUGAUUCAUGGACGUAUUCACACUGGAAAAAAACCAUUCCAGUGCAAAUAUUGUGAGAAAUCAUUUUCACAGAAGGGACAUCGAUUGACUCAUGAGCGUAUCCACACAGGAGAAAAACCAUUCCAAUGCAAAUAUUGUUAUAAAUCAUUUCCACAGAAGGGAUAUCUAUUCAUUCAUGAGCGUAUUCACACUGGAGAAAAACCAUUCCAGUGCAAGUAUUGUGAGAAAUCGUUUUCACAUAAAGGAUAUCUAGUGACUCAUGAGCGUAUUCACACUGGAGAAAAACCAUUCCAGUGCAAAUAUUGUGAGAAAUCAUUUCCACAGAAUGGUCAUCUAUUGACUCAUGAGCGUAUUCACACUGGAGAAAAACCGUUCAGAUGUGUACAAUGUGAGAAAUCAUUUUUCUCAAAGCAAGCUCUUGUCAGUCAUAGUCAUGUUCAUGCAGGAGACGAACCAUUCCAACUCAGCUUCAACUGUAAAUAUUGUCAUAAAACCCUUAAGAGUGAGUCUGGCUUACAAAAACAUAAGCGCAGCCACAAUGAUACUUCUCGUAAUACUCGCAAGGUGUCUGAUGCAAGUCCCCGCAAGGAUCAACGGUUAAAGUCAAAAAGUGGCAAAGCUAUGAAAAGUUCUCGUUCAAGGUCUCGUUGUGAGCAAACUGAUGUCGGAGAAGAUGCAGUAAUAUUAACUGGUCCUUCAAAUAGCAAUAAUUCUCCAAAUGGACAAAACCCAGUCCCUGCAUGUUCUGCGACGAAUGAAUGUUUGAUCAGCAGAGAGCCUGAGAGUGAAGUAUCAAAGUUGCCUGCUGCAGUCGGGUGUUCAGACAUGGAUAUAAAGGAUGCUGCUGCAAAAAUGACUGUUAUCGAUGGGAAUGAAACUGUUGGUCUGGGUACUGCCAAAAGUGUAGAUUAUCAAGUUUUGCGGCUGGGUGUGAAACGAGAUUUGAUUGAUCAUCGUUCUAAUCAGCUUGGAAAUGUUAAAAAUGAACCCAUUCACAUGUUUGCUGCCGACCAGUCUGAUGAAAGUGUUGAACCAGCCCUCACAUCUGCUACAGGGCAGUCCAGGGUUGAACUAGACAUGCGUUCUGUUCAUGUUACAGAGGAGAGAAAUGUCAACAGUGCGGCCUUCAACCUGCCACAUAACACAUCUCCUAAAGAACAGAACAAUGUCAAAAGUGAGCCAUGUAACACAACUCCUAUAGAACAGGCCAAUGUUAAAACUGAACAGUGUGACAUGUCUCUUCAAGAGCAGGGUUAUAUCAUAGAGGUAGUGAGACCGUGUGAUAUGUUAUGGAACAUGUCUCCUUCUAAGCAGGCGAGUGUCAAAGUUGAGCCGUUUGACGCAUUUCCUGAAGAGGGGGCCAAUGUCAAAAGUGAGCCAUGUGACACAUCUCCUACAGAUCAGGUCAAUGUAAAAAGUAAGCAGUGUGACACGUCUCUUCAAGAGCAGGGUUAUAUCAUAGAGGUAGUGAGACCGUGUGAAAUGUCAGGUAACAUGUCUCCUGUUAAGCAGGCAGAUGUCAAAGGUGAGCCGUUUUACGCAUUUCCUAAAGAGGGGGCCAAUGUCAAAAGUGAGCCAUGUGACACAUCUCCUACAGACCAGGUCAAUGUAAAAAGUGAGCAAUAUGACUUGUCUCUUCAAGAGCAGGGAUAUAUCAUACAGGUAGUUGGACCAUGUGACAUAUAUCCUACAGAUAAGGCCAAUGUCAAAGGUGAACCAGGUGACAUGUGUCCUUUCGAACAGGCCAAGGUGAUAGGUGAGCCAGAUAACUUGUCUCCUAUUGAGCAGGUUGAUGUCAAAAGCGAACCAUGUGACAUUUCUCCUGUAGAGUUCGCCAAUAUUAAAAGUGGAACAAGUGCCACAUCUCCAAUAGAUCAGGGGGAUGACAUGUCUCAAGCAGAGCAUGUUAGGGUAGAGCAGGAAAACUCCAGUGGUGCACAGGUCGAUAUGUCCAAGAUUGAUGAAUACAUUGCAGUGUUUGAUCGCUGGGCAGAAAUGUUGUGUGAAAAUACAGAUUAGGUGAAGAGAAUUUAACUGUUGUAUUCUCCUGUUAAAUAUCGAUGAUUCAAGAAGGCGACCAGACUUAGUCUCAUGUGUAUGGAGAGUUUGGUUUCCUCUUUUUUAUUGGGUUUUUAGCAUGUCCGUGUAUGUAUGGAAACAGACCAUGAGAUUAAUACAUUGUGUAAAAGCUUGAGUGAAUACAAUAAAAU